AUGGCCGGCAAUUUCUCUGAUAUCUUUGAUGAAAAGAGGUUUAUCAGUUCUCUUGCUGAUGAUAUAAAAAUCAUCAAGAAACUUCCCAAGAAUCUGGCUAAUGCAACCAAAAUGGUGAAGCAGUUCAAAAGCUGGUCUGGUAUAGAGUACUAUCAAAAAGAGAUUUCAGCCCUUUGGGAUGAUUUCAAAGUUAUUCAAGCUUCCAAAACCGAUUCUCGAUUAGCGAAUAACAAUCUACCUCUAGAUAUUCAAAAGCUUCGUUGUCGUGCUUGUUUUGAAGCUCUUCGUUUCUCUCCUCGCAUUGAAAAGAUGGGAAAAUUAUUGGUGGAGAGGAUGAGAUCAUUUGGUCCUUAUAUCACAUUACACUUACGUUACGAGAAGGAUAUGCUUGCAUUUAGCGGAUGCACGCAUGAUUUAUCAACUUCUGAGGCCGAAGAACUACGAAUUAUCAGAGAGAAUACUACUUAUUGGAAAAGAAAGCAUAUUGAUCCUACUGAAGAGAGGUCUAAAGGGAAUUGUCCCUUAACUCCAAAGGAAGUUGGAAUUUUCCUUAGUGCUCUUGGAUAUCCUACAAGGACUCCUAUAUAUAUUGCUGCAGGGGAGAUAUAUGGGGGUGAGUCUCAUAUGACUGAACUGCGAUCGCGAUAUCCGUUUUUAAUGAGCAAGGAAAAGUUGGCAUCUAUUGACGAACUUGAACCAUUUUCAAAUCACGCAUCUCAAAUGGCUGCUCUUGACUAUAUUGUAUCUAUUGAAAGCGAUGUGUUUGUACAUUCUUACCCUGGAAACAUGGCACGGGUUGUUCAAGGUCAUCGUCGUUUUCUUGGGAAAGGAAGAACCGUAUCUCCAGAUAGAGAACAUAUAUGUUGUCAAUUCUAUGACUAUAAUACUCAAAGAUUUCCGCGGAAACAAUAUCUAAAUGGACAGAGUGUUGUUGCAUCUGUUAUGGCUCUUCCAAGCCUUGAAACAUCAGGAAGGUUACUUUUACAUCUGAAUGAGGUCAACAGGACAUCUAGUUCUAAAAGAACCAAGAAGUCUAGCUAUAAAGUGGGAUCACUGGUUGAGGCAGAGAUUACUGACAUAAAAACUUUUGAGCUGAAACUGAAGUUUGGAUUUGGCUUACACGGCAGGGUUCACAUAACAGAGGUACAUGAUGCAAAUGAUUUGGAAAAUCCAUUUUCUGGCUACAAAAUUGGGCAAACAGUGACGGCAAGAAUAGUUUCAAAGCCUAAUGAUGCUGAUAGCAGCAGAAAUGGAUCACGGUGGGAGCUUUCAGUCCGACCUGAAAUGGUUACAGGUUCCAGUGACAUAGGAGACAAUAUAUCAGAGAAACUGGACUUUAAGAUUGGGCAAUGUGUGGCUGGUUAUAUAUAUAAAGUCGAAAGUGAAUGGGUCUGGUUAGCAGUUUCUCGAAAUGUUAAAUCUCAGCUACAUAUUCUUGAUAGUUCUACUGAACCCAAUGAGCUUGAGGAUUUCCAAAAUCGAUAUCAUGUUGGAAGACUUAUUUCUGGUCAUGUUCUGAGUUUCAACUUGGAGAAGAAGCUCUUGCGGUUGGUUCUACGCCCCUUCUCUACUCUCCCUCUCAGAACUGAUGAAGAGCCACAAACUAACCUUGUGAAUAAGGAGUUGACAGCACAUAUUCGUGAAGGAGAUAUUUUAGGAGGAAGGAUUAGUAAAAUACUUCCUGGUGUUGGAGGACUGCUUGUACAAAUUGGUCCUCAUACAUAUGGAAAAGUGCAUUUUACUGAACUUACAGAGAAAUGGGUGCCUGAUCCGUUGUCUGGAUAUCAUGAAGGGCAGUUUGUCAAAUAUGUUGUUCUUGAAGUUAGCAACACUGUCAGGGGUACUGUUCAGGAGGCUGUUUAA